AUGGCUCCCAUCAACAGCCCCGUCACAGCUCAAGAGCUUCAAAUCCUUUCCACAAAGGCCAUUUCUGCAAAAGACUCUGCAUACUGCCCGUAUUCCAAGUUCCAAGUCGGAGCAUGCAUCCUCACCUCCUCGGGUGAAUUCGUCGUCGGAGCCAAUGUGGAGAAUGCCUCGUAUCCUGUUGGUACAUGUGCAGAGCGAGUAGCGUUCGGUACUGCUAUUGUAGCAGGACAUAAGCAGUUCAAGGCUAUUGCUGUCGCGACAAAUAUCAAACCGGCAGCUUCUCCUUGUGGAAUGUGUCGUCAGUUUAUGCGGGAGUUUACUUCUGCGGAUUUCCCUGUCUACAUGUAUGAUGCUGAUGGGAACCAUACCGUCAAGACUAUGGGUGAAUUGCUGCCGGAUUCAUUCGGUCCCGAUGAUCUAUCCCACUAG